CUUUCCGGCCUCGCUUGCUGCCUGGCUGGGCGCUCCUUAGGGCUCGUUGCCGCGUGAGGGGAAGCCGUCGCCAUCAUGCCGGUCUAUUUCCAGCGGCCCGAGAACGCCCUGAAGCGGGCGAACGAAUUUCUUGAGGUUGGGAAGAAGCAACCUGCUCUUGAUGUUCUCUACGAUGUUAUGAAAAGUAAAAAACACCGAACAUGGCAAAAGAUCCACGAGCCAAUUAUGCUCAAGUACUUGGAGCUAUGUGUGGACCUCCGCAAGAGCCACCUUGCAAAGGAAGGGUUAUACCAGUACAAGAAUAUCUGCCAGCAGGUUAAUAUCAAGUCCUUGGAGGAUGUAGUUCGGGCUUAUUUAAAACUAGCAGAAGAAAAAACUGAAGCUGCUAAAGAAGAGUCCCAGCAGAUGGUGCUAGAUAUAGAAGACUUGGAUAAUAUUCAGACUCCAGAAAGUGUUCUCCUAAGUGCUGUAAGUGGGGAAGAUACUCAGGAUCGUACUGAUCGGUUACUUUUGACUCCCUGGGUUAAGUUUCUAUGGGAAUCAUACAGGCAGUGUUUGGACCUUCUCAGAAACAAUUCUAGAGUGGAGCGGCUCUACCAUGAUAUUGCGCAACAAGCUUUCAAGUUCUGCUUACAAUAUACACGUAAGGCUGAGUUUCGCAAACUCUGUGACAACUUAAGAAUGCAUUUGGGUCAGAUCCAGCGUCAUCACAAUCAAAGUACAGCCAUUAAUCUCAAUAAUCCAGAGAGCCAGUCGAUGCACUUGGAGACCAGGCUUGUACAGUUGGACAGUGCUAUCAGCAUGGAACUGUGGCAGGAAGCCUUCAAAGCUGUGGAGGAUAUACAUGGAUUAUUCUCCUUGUCCAAAAAACCACCAAAGCCCCAGCUGAUGGCAAACUAUUAUCAUAAAGUUUCAACUGUCUUCUGGAAAUCAGGAAAUGCACUCUUUCAUGCAUCCACACUUCAUCGUCUUUACCACCUUUCAAGGGAAAUGCGAAAGAAUCUCACACAGGAAGAGAUGCAGAGGAUGUCAACAAGAGUCCUUUUGGCCACUCUUUCAAUUCCAAUAACUCCUGAACGAACUGACAUUGCUCGGCUUCUGGACAUGGAUGGCAUAAUUGUUGAAAAGCAGCGGCGAUUGGCAACACUAUUGGGCCUCCAAGCCCCACCUACCCGAAUUUCUCUCAUUAAUGAUAUGGUGAGAUUCAAUGUAGUACAGCAUGUUGUCCCAGAUGUAAAGGAACUUUAUAAUUGGCUUGAAGUAGAUUUUCAUCCACUGAAGUUAUGUGGCCGUGUAUGCAAGGUUUUAAACUGGGUAAGAGACCAAUCUGAAAAGGAACCCGAACUGCAAUUAUAUAUCCCUCAUCUGCAAAACAACACCAUUCUCAGACUGCUUCAGCAGGUGGCCCAAAUUUAUCAAAGCAUCGAAUUUUCUCGCCUGACUACUCUGGUUCCUUUUGUUGAUGCUUUCCAACUGGAACGUGCAAUAGUAGAUGCAGCCAGACAUUGCGAUUUGCAAGUUCGCAUUGAUCAUACCACUCGAACUCUGAGUUUUGGGUCAGAUUUGAACUAUUGCACACGGGAAGAUGCUCCUCUUGGACCUCAGCUGCAAAGUAUGCCAUCAGAGCAGAUCAGGAACCAGUUGACAGCUAUGUCAGCUGCCCUUGCAAAGGCUCUUGAAGUGAUUAAGCCGCCUCACCUAUUGCUAGAGAAGGAAGAACAACAUCAGCUGGCUGUUACAGCUUACUUAAAAAAUUCAAAGAAAGAACACCAGCGUAUCCUUGCUCGCCGUCAGACUAUUGAGGAAAGGAAGGAACGUCUUGAGAGCUUGAACAUUCAGCGUGAGAAAGAAGAGUUGGAGCAGCGUGAAGCUGAGCUCCAAAAGGUUCGCAAAGCUGAAGAAGAGAGAUUGCGUCAGGAAGCCAAAGAGCGAGAAAAGGAGCGUAUUCUGCAGGAACAUGAGCAGAUUAAAAAGAAAACUGUUCGUGAACGUUUGGAGCAGAUCAAGAAGACUGAGCUGGGUGCCAAGGCCUUCAAAGAUAUUGAUAUUGAAGAUCUUGAAGAAUUGGACCCAGACUUCAUUAUGGCAAAACAGGUUGAACAGCUAGAAAAAGAAAAGAAGGAACUACAAGAGCGCUUGAAGAAUCAGGAGAAGAAGAUUGACCAUUUUGAAAGAGCAAAACGCUUAGAAGAAAUUCCACUGAUUAAGAGUGCCUAUGAAGAGCAAAGAAUCAGAGAUAUGGACCUUUGGGAACAGCAAGAAGAAGAAAGGAUCACAACUAUGCAGGUGGAACGUGAAAAGGCCCUUGAGCAUAAGAACAGGAUGUCAAGGAUGUUGGAUGACAGUGAAUUAUUUGUAACUAGGCUUAUGGAAGCAAGAAGAUCAGUUUAUGAGGAAAAACUUAAACAAUUUGAAGAAAGGCUAGCAGAGGAAAGGCGUAACCGCUUAGAGGAACGCAAGAGGCAGCGCAAAGAGGAAAGACGCAUUGCUUAUUAUCGGGAGAAAGAGGAGGAAGAACAAAGAUUGCAAGAGGAGAAGAUGCUUAAAGAGCAAGAAGAAAAAGAACGUGUUGAGCGUGAAAAACAUGAACAAGAAAUGCGUGAAUAUCAGGAACGAGUCAGAAAACUAGAAGAGGUGGAGAGAAAGAAACGCCAAAGAGAAAUGGAGAUUGAAGAGAGAGAGCGUCGACGAGAAGAAGAGAGGAGGAAUCUUGACGAUCCACUUUCAAGGAAGGAAUCUCGUUGGGGUGAUAGAGAAGGUGACAGCACCUGGAGAAGAAGUGCUGAGCCAGAUUCAGAAUGGAGGCGCCCACCACCAGAGAGAGAGUGGCGUCGUGGAGAAGUUCGUGAUGAUGAAAAACCAUUGCAAAAAGAAGAUGCGACUCGUACCACUUCAGCUGACAGAGCACAGUCUCCCCAUGAAGAGCCAGAUGACAAAGGGUUGAAGAAUGAUCUUGAUGAAGACAAAGGUCCUAGGAAAAUUGUGGAUGAUGAGAAAACAAAUUGGCGUUCAACAGCUGAAGACAGGCCGCCCCAGCGCGGUCUGGAUGAUGACAGGGCCCCCCGUUACGGCCUGGAUGAUGACAGGGCCCCCCGCCGCAGCCUGGAUGAUGACAGGGCUCCCCGGCGCGGCCUGGAUGAUGACAGGGCUCCCCGGCGCGGCCUGGAUGAUGACAGGGCCCCCCGGCGCGGCCUGGAUGAUGACAGGGCCCCCCGGCGCGGCCUGGAUGAUGACAGGGCUCCCCGGCGCGGCCUGGAUGAUGACAGGGCUCCCCGGCGCGGCCUGGAUGAUGACAGGCCCAUCCGCCGCGGCUUGGAUGAUGACAGGCCCAUCCGCCGCGGCUUGGAUGAUGACAGGCCCAUCCGCCGUGGCUUGGAUGAUGACAGGCCCAUCCGCCGUGGCUUGGAUGAUGACAGGCCCCCCCGCCGUGGCUUGGAUGAUGACAGGGCCCCUCGGCGUGGGCUGGAUGACGACAGGCCGCCCCGCCGCGGACUGGAUGAUGACCGACCAAGUUGGCGCAACAUGGAUGAUGACAGGCCCCCCCGCCGUGGAUUGGAUGAUGACAGGCCUCCCCGCCGUGGACUUGACGACGACCGGGGCCCCCGACGGGGCUUGGAUGACGACAGGCCAAAUUGGAGAGCCGCAGAUGAAGAUAGGCCCCCCCGGCGUGGGCUAGAUGAUGACAGAAUUUCUAGGCGUGAUGAGGAUAGGGGACCAUGGCGUAACACAGAUGAGGAUAGGAUUUCAAGGCGUGAUGAUGAUUGGGGGCCCAGGCGUGGCGGUGAUGAUGAUAGAGGUCCUAGACGUGGGGAUGAUUCCAGGCGUGGGGAUGAUUCCAGACCUGGACCAUGGAGACCAUUUGGUAAACCAGGUGGAUGGAGAGAACGAGAAAAGGCUCGCGAAGACAGCUGGGGGCCUCCACGAGAAUCCAGACCUUCAGAAGAUCAUGAAUGGGAUAGAGAUAAGGAUCGUGAUGAGAAUGAAAAGGACCGGGAAGUUGAGAAAGACCGUGACUUUGAUCGGGAAGAUCGUUUCAGGCGCCCAAGGGAUGAUGCUGGCUGGAGAAGAGGACCAGCUGAGGAAGUCUCUAGCUGGAGAGAUUCAGGUCGUCGUGAUGAAUGGGACAGAGCUGGCCGUGACUCUAGAGAAGACCGAGGUAGUCGUGAUCUUCGGGAUCGGCGUGGUGAAGAGAGAGAAAGGAGGCUGCCACCUCCCAGAGCAGAUCGGGAAGAAGUGAACUCAUGGAGACGCGGUGAUGACAGAAAGGAGGAACGGGAAGAACGUGAAACAGUCCGAAGACCGCCUGCUGCUGCUCCUACUCCUGCUCCUUCUGUUUCAAAAGAGCGAGAAAAUGAUAGUGAGAAAGAGAAGGGGGCCUGGAGAACAGAAAAAGACCGUGAAGCCCUUCGUCGCACUAAAAAUGAAACUGAUGAAGAUGGUUGGACCACCGUGCGACGUUAAGUUCAAAACCUAAAUAUGGGUUUAAGUUGGUGUUUAGCAUUGAUUUGAUAAGAGUAUAAUAUUGGUGCUUUAACACUCUGAAUUGGAAAUCUUUAACAAAAUUUUCUAGGUAAUGUGAAAGCAUGAAACUCUCUUACUCGUAUGUAAACUGAUCAUGCACAGAACUUGCAACUAAAAGUUGGAAAUUUAAAUACUGGUUAUCAGAAAUUUCAAAUGUUGUAUAUGUCACAGAUCACUUGGUGGUAAGAAAUAAAAAAAUGAACUCGGUAGGUAUCUUUGAGUGGCAUGUAUAUCUCAAGUCAAAAACAAAUCUAAUUUUGAUUUUAAGUAGCUCUUCACCUGGAAAUGCAUAUGGUUUACAAAACAUAUGUUGAAACUAUAUUUCUAGUUACAUAAAGUGAUGAAUUUGUAAGACCGUACUGUCUAAAGUAGGCAGAAGAACACACUUCCUAUUUGGGUAUUUUGAUGGCAAGAGGUUUUGGCUGGUGGUAUUAUAUGUUUUAAUUUGAAUUACAUACAAUAAGUGUUAUGGACCUUUUAGUUACACUGGGAUAUUUUUUGUAGAUUCUACUUGAAUGCAUAUUCUUAUCAAGCCAUUUUGCAGUCUUUAUUCUCACAACGAAUGCCACUGCAGUGUCAAAACACCAAAACACAAGGCUUUUAAAACUGAAAGCAUUUGAGUAAACAUACUGCUGAGGUUCUUUUUCUCCUGCUGUGUAGAGACUGCUUUUUCUGUUCUGGAUAAUUCAUGCCUUUUGAAGCAUUCAUAUAUAGUGUCAUAUUCAAAUAUGUGGUCUGGAGGAACUGCUCACUCUUCCCUUCCUUCUCAAUUCCUUGUCUUCAGGGUAAGUGCUUUACCUUUAAACCAAGUGCUUUGUAGUAAGGGCUGGGUUGUCUUCGAUUUUGGGGGAGAAGUAGCAAUGUUAAUGAUUGUUUUUAAUUGAAGCCAACACAGAACUUUCUGCUAUGUGUUAACUUCAAUGAUAAAUAAACUUAACAAAAUAA